AUGUCCAAUCUAACCGUCCUAUUUGGCCUGCAAUGCCUCUGCCCGGCGGCUUUCGUGCACCCAUAUCCUAGCCAGCGAGCGAUCAGUCCAGGCACUUGUCGUGUCCGCCCCGAAGUAAAAUCACCGCCGCCCAGGCGGCAAAGUGAACGUCGGAUAUUUACCAACUGGGGAGUCUACGGUAAUCAGCCUUUUUACGCGCAAAAUAUUACGACCGAUACUAUCACGCACAUUCUUUAUGCUUUUGGGGAUUGCGAUGGCCAGACUGGCAUGGCCAAACUGUCCGAUACAUACUCUGAUCAACAGAUGCACUUCGAUGGGGACACAUGGGACGAAUCGGUAAUAACCUAUAUGGGAAAUUUCAAGCAGCUUUAUGCCCUCAAACUCAAGCACCGAACAAUCAAAGUUUUGUUGUCCAUCGGUGGCUGGACCAAGCGCCCGGGCAACCUUUGUCAACAGUCAAUUGCGUUGAUGGAAGACAACGGCUUGGACGGGAUUGAUAUUGAUUACGAGUACCCAGAGACCCCCGAACAAGCCUCUGGUGUGAUCGGGCUCCGGAUCAAGUACGGAUACUGCUAUUUCAUGGUAUACUUCCAACGGCGUUCCGGCCAACAAGAUGCGCUAGGAAUCCCACUUUAUGGGCGCUCGUUCCAAAACACUGCUGGUAUUCAUCAAUCAUACUCUGGAGUUGGUACAGGCUCCGCCGAAUCCGGAAUUUACGACUACAAGGCCUUGCCUCCAGACGGCUCCGAAGUUGUCGAGAACAAACUAUGGUAUCAGUUACAACCCAUCCACCAAGGAGCUUGUUUCAUACGAUACUCCCACUAUCGCCAAGAUGAAGGCAGUACAUUGCAAAGAAGGGAUUGGCUGGUGAAAAACCUCGGGCAGGGCGGUGCAAGUGCUUCGCCGACAUAUGUGCCCCCGACAUCCACAUCGACAAGUACUCGGCCCACAGCCAGCAGUACGACGACACGCAGCACGACCGCAACGCCGACUACAAGUUCCAGCCCGGUCACUACCACCAUCACUUCCGGCGCUCCUUCCACGACCGUCUCGGCUACCGAUGCGACCACUUCCCCUGUAUGGACACCGACUCCACAACCCGGAAAUCUGUGUGACGCUUUUGCGCCUGUGGGAUUCUGA